CUUGCACGUCCACCCCGACCGGCCCCCCAUGUCCACCCCCUGGCCGUCCUCUGAUGCGCCCGCCGAGCAGGGCCGCUCCGGCGCAUCAACCCCAGAGGAUCUCGCCCAACCUCGCACCCCCCUCACCUCCACUUUCGAGUCCCCGCUCUUGUCGCCGGAUUCACGAGAGCCCAGGACGCCAAACCGUGCCUCCUCGGCAGGUGCCAACUUUGUGUCGUCGCCCCUCAACCCGAACUCGACCCUCAACGCGCGAUCAAGGCCUGCUUCGCGCGGGAGCACGUACUUCAAUCGCAUCGCAUCAGAGGAGUCGCAAGCACUUGCAGGUCCGUAUGGCACCCUCGGCGGUCAGCGCGGCUCGAUGGUCCUCUACCGCUUGGCGUCGGACGACAACAGCGAGAGCCUCGCCCCGCCGACGGCUCUUCAGAACCGCGACUCGGUGAUCUCUUCUUCGGGCGACUCGGUAUUCUCCCUAUCAUCCGACUCCAAAUACCCUUCGGGUAUGGUCAUUGGCACACGAGGAUUCGUGCCUUACGCGUACGACCCCGAAGUGGACAAGGAUGCGCCGGACGACGAUGAUGACUUCCUGCACACACCCGAGUAUGGCCACAACCGACAUUCCUACUGGUCAAGUCGAGGGAUUAUGAACGUCGGCGUGCUCGUCAUCCUCGUCGCCGCCAUCCUUACCCUCUUCCUCUGCUACCCGCUGCUCGACUUCUUCCGCAACGAGUCCCGCAACGUCGCCAUCACAGCAAACGUCAGAAUAAACGCCACAGGACAGGCCCCAGUAUUGUUCGACAUGCCCGAGCUGAUCGAUCCUGACACGCCCGACUCUGCGAAGACACGUACAGGUUUUGACGGAGAGGCCUAUGAGCUCGUCUUCUCCGACGAGUUUAACAAGGACAACCGGACGUUCUACCCCGGAGACGACCCCUUCUGGGAGGCCGCAGAUCUAUGGUACGGUUCCACUGCCGAUCUGGAAUGGUAUGAUCCCAAGCAGGUAUACACGAAGAACGGCGCACUGCAAAUCGUCAUGGAGCAGGUUGCGGACCCGUCGAUUAACCACAACCAGUCGUACAUCAGCGGUAUGCUACAGAGCUGGAACAAGUUCUGCUUCACAAGUGGGUACAUCGAGGUCUCCAUGACGCUACCAGGCCCAGAUUCGAACACGCAGGGUUAUUGGCCUGGUGCGUGGACGAUGGGCAACCUGGGGAGACCGGGUUACCGCGCGACGACGGAUGGUACCUGGCCGUACUCUUACGACUCCUGCGACGUUGGCACCUUCCCUAACCAGACCCUGGCUGAUGGGUCUGGUCCCGCCGCUGCCCUGCACUCCGACCAGUCCAGGUCGAAGUAUAACAACGAGCUCUCCUGGCUCCCUGGCCAGCGCGUCAGUGCGUGUACAUGUCCUGGGGAGGAACAUCCUGGCCCCUCAAAUAACGUCGGUCGCGGCGUGCCUGAGAUCGACAUAUUGGAGGCUGAGAAGAACAAGACUGACGGUGGAGUGGGGCAGGUCGUGUCCCAGUCUGCGCAGUUCGCGCCGUUCACACACGACUACCUCUACACCAACGACACUCAAGACGCAUGGUGGAUAUACGACAGCAGUCGUUCGAGAGCGAACACUUACAAGGGCUCUGCGAUUCAGCAAGCCGUGUCUGCAUUGACGGAUCUCCCGGACGAUAUGUUCCAAGGAUCAGGGGCAAACUUCAAGACGCUCGGGUUCGAGUACUGGGCGAACCCGAAGAACCGCGACGAGGGCUUCAUCACCUGGCAGACAGACGGCACGCCGUCCGUGCGCAUGGGCGCGUCCGCCAUGGGCCCCGAUAUGGGCACUGACGGCUCGCAGGUCUCUCAGAGGAUCGUCCCGGAAGAGCCUAUGUCUAUCAUCCUCAACUUGGGUCUCUCCAAGAACUGGCAGGAUAUUCUUCUGGAAACGAUGGUCUUCCCCGCGAUCAUGCAAAUCGACUACGUGCGCGUGUACCAGCGGUCGGAUUCGAUCAACGUUGGCUGCGACCCGGCAGGCUACCCCACUGCGGACUACAUUAACAACCAUCUCGAGGCUUACAGCAACGUUAACCUGACUUACUGGUCGCAACCCAGCCCCAGCGGCGCGGGAUACCCAUGGCCCAAAAACUCUGCGCUCGCGGGCGGAUGCUAGCGCAGGAGCUCUGUUGGACUGACCAGGAGAACGCACGCCGUCUUGUGCCGCCGUCCGGACACUCACCUAAAGUAACAGUAACGCUAUAUCGUAUGUGCCACGACCCCGCCGCCCCCGCGUGCCUCUGUACAUUCACACCUACUUACCAUACCACCACCUUCAUCCGUACCCUCAUCCAUCUUGCAUGUUCACGCACCCUUCUCUUCUCAUCCGCCCCGCCCACCCACCCACUCAUACAUGCACAUGCACAUAUAUCACAUGUUGGGCCCGCCUGCAGCGGCGCCCCAGGGACAUUUUUCACGUUCUUUUUUUUGUCCGCCCCACAGCCGCCCCCCGCAUUCACGUCGGCCCACGGUACUAGUACAUUACACCCCGCCUCGCGCACUUCCCCCUUCCGCCCGCAGGCAGCUCUUUAAUGGCGGCGCCCCAGCCUAGCUCCCGCCGCACGUCCUCGCUCGCGCCGUCCCGGGUCGCGCUUGGAACGAUUGGUCCGUUGCUUCGGUCUUUGGUCCCCCGCCCAUCUACUUGCACUUCUUCUUCGCCCACCCUCCAUCCUAGUUUAACUUAGCGUUCGCUGAUGGACACAUACGGUGCGGGCCCGGGAGGCAGUCCCGGGCCCUGCUCUCUUCUUUUCGUCCACGUUGUUCUUUGUUGUUUUCACGUUCUUCUUACCGCUGUGUAUUCUACUUAGCCUAUCUUAGAUCUAGCGUCCCCUUGCAAAUGCUGUCGAAAGCCUGAAACCCCUCGAGGCUCGCGCUGUCCCCGCCAUCCACCCGCCAUGCUCCUCUCUGCCAGGAGAUCUAGGUUCGGAUUCGCCGGCCACCAAUUUGCCUUGGAUGGAUCGACGUUUGGCAUCCGCAGCCCGCUCGCCUGUGGCCCGGUCUCAGGCCUUCUCGAAACGCUAAACAAGUGCCCGGCGUGCCAGUGCGCCGGACAGUUGGGCUUUGUUGGUCCACGCCGGCGUUUUCGCAGAGCCGUAGGUCACCGUGCCGAGCGUCCUCGGUGCAG